AUUUUGGGCGGUCAGCUGACCAAGCAGUCACGGGGUUGUAUUGCUCAGUCAUUCCCCUUAAUACCGGGAGGGCUGCGGGUGUGCAAAACAGACCGGACUUGGAGCAGCACGAGAAGCGCAUCUGCUCCCCGUCGGUACCUGAGAGUUGCUACGAUCCAGCCCAGCCGCCGCCGUCGUCAUGAUGGGGCUCCGCUCUUUAAUCCUGCUCGCGUCCCUGGUGGUCGCUAGCUCGGCGCUCAUCAGAAUUCCAUUGAAGAAGUUCUCCUCCAUGCGCAGCAUCUACACAGAAUAUGGGACCAAUGUCCAAGACCUGAAUGAGUUGGGGGAAAUGCUGAAUUACAAAUUUGGGGGCGCUGGUGUGGGCGCACCAACCCCAGAAGCUUUGAAGAACUACAUGGAUGCUCAGUAUUAUGGAGAGAUUGGCAUUGGGACACCCCCACAGAAGUUUACUGUGGUCUUCGACACUGGCUCUUCCAACCUCUGGGUGCCUUCUGUCAAGUGCCACUUGAUGGACAUUGCUUGCUUGCUGCAUCACAAAUACGAUUCUUCCAAGUCCAGCUCGUAUGUGAAAAAUGGUACAGACUUUGCCAUCCAUUAUGGUACUGGGAGCCUGUCAGGAUUUCUCAGCCAAGAUCAUGUAACGAUUGGUAACCUGAUUGUCCAGAAUCAGUUGUUUGGUGAAGCUGUCAAGCAGCCUGGUAUCACUUUCAUUGCUGCAAAGUUUGAUGGCAUCCUUGGCCUGGCAUACCCUAAGAUCUCUGUGGAUAAAGUGUUGCCUUUCUUUGACAAUGCAAUGCAACAGGCGCUAAUGGAGAAGAACCUGUUUUCCUUUUAUCUAAACAGGGAUCCGAAAGCAGCCACUGGAGGUGAAUUGCUUUUCGGUGGGGUGGACCCACAAUAUUAUACUGGGGACUUCACCUGGGUGAACGUCACUCGCAAAGCUUAUUGGCAGGUCCACAUGGACAAGGUUGACGUUGGCAAUGGCCUGACUGUGUGCAAAGAUGGCUGUGAAGCUAUUGUAGACACAGGGACCUCCCUCAUCACAGGCCCAACAGAUGAAAUUAAGCAACUGCAGAAAGCCAUUGGAGCUAAGCCAAUCAUUAAAGGACAGUACAUGCUUCCGUGUGAUAAGCUGUCUUCCCUUCCCACUGUGAACUUGGUCCUGGGAGGGAAAUCCUAUGCCCUCACUCCAGAUGCAUAUGCCUUGAAGGUUACUGUUCAAGGAGAAACUCUUUGCUUGAGUGGAUUUUCAGGCUUGGAUGUCCCACCACCUGGUGGACCUCUUUGGAUCCUGGGUGAUGUCUUCAUCGGCAGUUAUUACACCGUGUUUGAUCGAGAUAAUGAUGCCGUUGGUUUUGCAAAAAGCACUGGCAGUGCGUAAAUGCAACUGACAACCACCUCCCACUCUCUCUCCAAAUUCACCCACAAACACACUGGAGUUUUCUACUGUGUCUUGUAGGCAUUAGGAACAAAAUCAGGAAAGUUAAAAGGGGAAAAAAAUGAUACUUUAAAAUUUAAAUAAGAAGGAGCAGAGAUCUUUUAAAAAAAAAUAAUAAUCUGAAAAGUUACUAGUGACCAUUGAACAAACACUUGUCCUUCCUCGAAUAAUACAGGCCAUAGAAAAGUUAUAAUAAAAACAUACCUAAGGAGCCCCAGCAUUGUAUGAGCUCUUCAAACAUCUGGUUACUUGACAUGCUAUUCCUUUUUAAGCAUAAGAACUAUAAAUGCCAUAUUUAAAUUAACACAGUUGCAGGGGAUUGGACUAGAUGAACCCUUUGGUGUUCCUUCCAAUCCUACAAUUCUAUUAUUUAUCCACUCCAAAAAAGAACCCUUUAUACAUGCUUUUAGAUUCACUUACCUAGCUGUUCCCCAUUUUUAAUUUAUUGAUAUAUAUAUAAAGGCAACAUAGAGAACAGAAUCUUUCACAGUUGUUUAUGGGGGAAGUGCUAGGUAGCUGGGAAGUUACCACGGAAUUUGCAUUGGGCUAAUGAUCCCCCUAGUAUUUCUUGCAUUGUGGGGAUGUGGGAAUAUAGCAAAAUUGUCCUGAUUUGCAUUUUUAAAAGAAACGUAGCAGGUCCACAUCACUUUGGGUUAGAUGGGCUCCAAUGAGUAGAGAGUCCUUGGGAAGUUAUAACUGUGGAAAUGGGUAUUUCUAUAAGGUAUGAUUGGGUUCUCCAUCUCAUAUUUUAUAAACGGCCACAGUUUUGAUUUUGGUCUGAGCAACCCCAUUCAGGUACUGUAGUUUCACGAUACAUUGUUACAAGUUCUUUCUCUUGGUUUCCCACCCCUUACAUAAUUCCCAGCUUCUUUUGCGGGUGUAAGGAAAGUGACCAUGAUUUUUGUGAGAUCUUUCCUGCUCAAGGUUGCUUUGGAGAUUCAUCAACUUGUCAAAUAUGGCCUCUCCCUACACCCCACUAUUAAAUCAAGUCACAGCUACUCUGACACUUGUUUCUCAGUACAGAAAAAUCCUGUAGAUCUCUUGAUAAAACCUUGGGUGUGGGGCAAGUUCAACCUGCCCUUGCAGAAAGCACGACUGAUCUUCCUGCUCAACAGCUGACAGGCAGGGGUUUGAAUCCUGCUUGCUCACUCUCUCCCUCCAACCCCAUGGGCCAACUUUGGCAGGUGGCCAGGAUCAUCCACCUGUCAAGAGUUGACCUGUGGGUUGUGGGGAGAUGAAGAUCUGGCAUGCCGAGCCAAAAAGGUUCCCCACCAUUGUUACGAAACUUACUCUGCUAUGAGAAGCUUGGUCUCUGCACAGAUUGAUUCUGGUUACCUGGACUUUUAUGGAAAGUGUUUUAUAAAAAGAGCUGCCUCUGCAUUGGCGUCUAUUUUGGCCUGGCAAGCAGAAGGCAUGGAGCAGCCCUUCGGGACAGGAAGGUGGAGGUAAGCUAGGUAGAUGUUAGUUGAAGAAACUGGAACGUCAUUGUUUAGUUGGUAAAUGAAGUCUUCCAGUAUCUUUUUAGAUAAAUCUGAAAUGUUCCAUUGAUAUUUUGGAGCCCAGCCCUAAGGUUGCGAGACAGCACGGAUAACACAGAACACAACUUUUAGAUUAAACAAAGAGCUGUUCUGAUGCAGAGCCAAGCACACUUCGCUGAAGAUGCUUUAUUUUAAACUAGAUGAAAUUUGGUUCAUGAAGAGCAACACAAUAGAAAAGCUGGUGAACACGGGGGAGUAAAAGGCACAAGGAAUUUGAACAUACAUUUGUGAAUAGGCUGCAUGUCCUAGACUGCAACCCCACCCCCACCCUCCUGGUUGGGUUGAAUACUUUGGAAUGCAGAUAAGCAUCAGGAUAUCUAGAGAAGGCUACACCUGCUUGGGAUUGCUAUCAAGAUGCUGCCAUUCAAAAACCAUGGUGUGUCUGUAAGCUUGUGAAAGAUACAGAAGUAUAUUGGAGAUGUCAUUAAAACUGUAGCAUCCUUCCCCAACCUGGUGCCCACCAUGUUGACUGGGGCUGGUUGGAGUUGCAGUCUAAAACAUCUAAAACUACCAGGUUGGGGAAGGGAGUUGUAGCAUGUCCUGAGUUACGAUGGGUAUAUUGAAAUACACUUCUUUAAAAUCCUUGCUUAGCUCCUCCUAACAGUCUUCAACCCUGAACUAGUAAUUCAAGGUCACUGAAUAGCUUCUCACUGAGUAAUAUCAAGUACAAAUACUCUAGGAACUUUCAUUUCAAACUUAAGUGCCCAAAGCUCUUCUUAAGAGAAGCUGUAUAGAAAGUGUCUUAAAUUUUCUUUAGGUGGUCAUUCAUAUCAGGAUAAGAUUGAACACAAGUCUUUUGUCUUGAAGAGAUUUUAUCAUGAAUGCCGUAUAUUAUAUAUAAAAAAGUAUCUCUCGCUCAUUAGCACUGAGUGGGCUGAUUGGCCGGUAAUGGUGUAUGUUUCAGUCUCUUGGAGGCAACUGCUAACAGCAGCCUAACCACCACCAACACCCCUUUAAAAGGCAUGUGGCAGAGUCUAUAAAGGAGGAGAGCGUUCUCUGCAGACCUUUGGAAGGUUCAGUAGAGGAAUCUGCUUGUUUGGAAUACAUUUAGAGCUGCUUGCCACUCCCCCCUUGUUUUUUGCUUGCUUUUUCUAAAUGUGUAAGAUGCUCUUGUGGCUCUCCUGUUGGGCAGAUGCAAGUUGUAGCUGAUCUCUCCACUCAAUUUGUCAUAGAAAAAUUGUAAUGAAAAAAUAAAUUUUGUCUCCUCUA